AUGGCCCUAGGAUGGUUCUCCGUAGCUCGCAUCACUCUCUUCUCAACGGCUAUCGCGUUCUCCCUCAUUGCAUUAGGCUUAAAUGCCUACUUCAUCUCGUUGACGGUGCCAGAUGAUUUCUACUUCACCUUCAGUGCUUUGGGCCUUGCAACCGCGAUGUUGACACUUUUUACCAUUCCGGUCAUGUUGAUCGUUGAUUUUAUACGACGUGGGGCGUUCACCUCCAUGGUUGUCUUCGAGCUCUCAUGGCUCUUCCUCCUUGCGAUUCUGUGGGUUGCCACUGCUGGCGAAGCUGUCUCCACCUUCAACUUUUACUACCCUCAAGGUUGUAUUUAUACGGAUGGUUCCGACGCCGAAACGUAUUGCCUGGAGUUGCAGGCAGUGGAGGCUUUCGCAUUCCUCAACUUCUUUAUAUUCUUGGGCUACACUGGCGUACUGCUGGCAUUUUCUAUCAUUGGAUCCACUCGCGGCAAUGGUGUCUGGACGUAUUCUGUCAAAGAGGCCACAUUCCUUGGGCAAAAAUCGCAGCCCAUACAACAGCAGGUUCCUCUGAGUCAGUACUCGGGCGUUCCUCCUACGGGGUAUGCUCCUGCUGUGCAGCCUCAGCAGCUAGGGACCUAUAGUACUCACAGUGGCACGUCUCCCCAAUCACACCAGACGCAACCCCAGCAAUUUCAGCCAGUGUAUUCUGGCCAGCCACAGGGUAUUCCUGUUUAA